AUAACAAUUUCCUAUAAGCUAUACUGGGUUAUUAAGAAAAUAAGCAAUCAAACAAGAUGUAACUAAAUAAUUAUAAUUCAAACUAACUGUGUAGGUCAACAAUCUGGUCACACUUGUGGGUGUGGGUGCAAAAGAUAAAUAAAUAAAUAUUCUAGUGAAAAUGGACAGGGAAAAGUUAAUUGUGCCCAACCAGAUUGGCUACCUGAUACUAAAGGAAGAUGGAGCAGUCCUGGAAUCAGGUGGAGAGCUCAAGAACGAUGAGCGCAGCGCUAAUGUGAUAAUGGGCCUUCUAAAUCUCACAGAGAGUAUCGACGAGUCCUUUAUGCCGAACAGCAGCUGUGAAAGAAUCACCAUCGACUACGAGCAACACUACUACAGCAUCUGCAUGUCCAAUCGUCGAAUAUACGUUGUGAAAAUCAGCAAAUCCCAUAAUGGAGUCACCACAACCACCAGCUCCUCGUCAUCCAACAGUGUGUAUAAUGAUGCCAGCGACUCCGGGGCGGUGCUGGCUUGAAAUCCGACUUCGGAUGCCCGAUCCACUUGCAGAUUCUGUUGGCAGGGAAACGGGCAAAGACCCCACAAUUGGCGCACUCCCAUUCUGUAUCUGAUUCUCCUCUUUAUUUGUCAAAAAAUACAUCAUCUGUGAGCUCCUGCUCGAAAA